AUGGCCGAGUGGGAUGUGGCCUUUUGUCGCAUCGGCGGGCUGUGUCCCCGCAAAACGCACCGGCGCCCGUCCCAGCGCGGAGGCCGGGCACGCUGCCGGUGCCUGGAGGCAGGAGCACGCGCACAGCGCCAGCGUCGGCACGCAUGCGCUCACGCGCGCCGCAGGGUGGGCCCCCCAAAUCCUCCCCGGGAAGACCGCCUGGUCCUGCCUGCGAAAUCCGGCUUCGGGAGCCAGGAGGCACCCUCGGCCGGCGGGGUGCACGGGGGAGACGGCUCAGAGGCCGGCGGGAAACCCGAGCGGUUGCACCCCCUAUGCCGGUCCCGAGGGGUGGAAGCGGUGCAGGGGCGAGUGAACCAGGUGGCGCAACCUGCCGGGUCGUCCGAGGACGCACGCGGUGGGGGCCUCCGGAACGACCCGGGGCGGCAGAGGGGUCCGUCGGGCGUUCGCCCUGCGCGGCAGCACCGAGCGGGGACCGAGCCCAGGGGGCGGACGCGUGGGACUCGACGGGGAACACGCGCCGUGCCCGCGAGGGGCGGGGUCCCUCUCUCCGCGGGGCCUCGGCGAGACCCGGCGUCCCCGGGCUUCGCCCCGGGAGGGGACGCUGUCGGGGGACCCGACGCGGCCGGCGGGCGUCGAGGGGGCGCCGGCUCCGCGUACGCCCAGAAGCCGCGUCGCCGGUUCCGGGGCGGCCGGAAAGCGCCUCACUGCCCGGGCGGCACCCGGGUCUCCGCGGCCGCCUUCGGUCGCGGGGUGGCUCGGCCCCCGGGGCGGGGGGCGGGGGGAGCGCAGACGGGCCACUCGGGCAGGGACACCCUGGCCGGGGAGCCCGGACGCCUUUUCUCUCGGCAGAUGAAAGCCCCAGACCCGCUUCCCCGCCCUUCGCUAGAAAAUCAAAUUCAAGGAACGUGGGCCGAGCCCCCAGGGCCCCAGCCCGCUGGGGACCGAGACCCGCCCGCGCAGAAGGGGGCGCCGCGGGCCUGGGUGGAAGGGCGCCGGCGGGCUGGGGGCUGCGGGCGCCAGGGCUUGGGUCCCCGAGUUGCCGUCUCAGGCCCCACUGAGGCGCGGCCCCAGGGCGGGGCGGCGGGGCGGGAAGCUUUCCCGUCGGAGUUGGGAAUUUCUAAGAGCAAGUCGGGGAGUCCGGCCAGGCGAAAAGCCCGCGGGAGCCUGCAGCCCCACUCAGGACAGAGCCACUGGCUGCCAUCAAUGGUGAUCACUUCCAAGCGCGGGAACAGCUGGGCAGGCAGCCACCACCGGUCUCCCUUCAUGCACCAUCUCCAGGGCAUUGCUGGCGCGAGCUGCCAUGACGCCGACACAUCUGGCGCGGCCGCGCGGCCCGCGCCCGCCCGCGCCCGGAGCCCGCGCGCCGCGGCCCGCUCGGCGGCGCGCUCAUCGAUCGGCGGGGCCGCGGCCGGGCGAGCGGAGAACAAGGGCAGCCGCCUCGAGGAGGCGCGGAGCGAUGCCCCCUACUGGGGAGCCUGCGCCUGGAACGCGGCGCAGGUGGGGGUCGCACGGGAGGCCGGCUCGGGUGGGGGAUGGGGCACGGGGCGCGACGACACGACCCGCCCGACCUCCGCUCCGUCUCGGGCAUCCUCCUCUGCCCUCACUCUCCUCUCCUUCCAAAUCUCAAAUUCCCCACGCCGGCCCCUCCUGGGGAAAGGUGUCGGAAACGGGCACUGCCAGGGAAUGCGGGUGCGAGACGAGGGGGGCGCUGCCUGCUGGAUCGAGUUAGCUUCGGCCGCCGCCUCCUCGCUGCUUCUGCGGAAGGAAGCUCUGCGGCCGCAGCAGCCCCUGGUACCGAAUUUGACUUUUCCAGCCAGUGGUAGUGAACUCGCUGGAGCCGAGAACGCGGCUGGCGGGAGGGGUAACCGCCCUUCCCCCUCCCCGCACGCCCCCCCAGCCCCCCUCCCCGCUCCGGCCCCUGCUCCCCCGGUGCCCGCCGGGGUCCUGGCGCCCGAGCCGAGAGUCCCCGGGCGAGGGAAAGGGAGCGGGGCUGCGGGUGGGCUGCGGCGCGCGCCCCCCGCCCGUGGCAGCGUGGCGACUGGCGCCGCUUUGGCAGCCAUUUUCUGCAGCUGCCGCGGCCGGGGCUCGGCGGAUGCAGGCAGAGCGGGGCCGCUCCGCGUGGCGAGCGCCCGCGAUCCCACCCUUUCCCCGCCAUCUUGUACCCGGGCUGGCGCCUUCCCAAAGCCGAGCCGCCGCAGACAAAGCCCGGCCCGGGUCCACCGGGGGCCCCUGCAGCCCACCGGGCGGGGCGGCCUGGGGGCCCCGGGGUACCCACCCCCCACACCCGCUUUCGCCCCACCCCGCUCGGCGGGGGGGGGGGCGGCGGGCUCCCCACCCCAAGGGGGCUCCGCGUGCGACGGCCACUCGCCCGGCCCCCGGCGGCUCGGCCCGGGACCCCCCUUCACGCCGGUCGCAGGGCUGGACCCAAGCCCACGCCGAAGCCCACCCCGGUUGCGGGAAGCGGGGGAUUCCCCGCGGGCGCGGCAGUGA